AUGUCCUUAGAAACUCAACGACGAUUAAUAUUAUCUGAAUGGCGAAAAGUUUUAGUUAGUCAAACAUCAUAUCCACUUAUGUAUACAAUUGAACGAUUACCACAAUCUAAAGAAGAAUUACAAUGUUUUUCAACAAAAUAUGCUAUUAUUAAAAUUCCAUUAGGUAGUCGAAUUAUAACAAAAUGGCAAGAACAAGUACGUCCAAUAGACAACGACAAUGAUCAAUGGGGUCGUGAUUAUAAUAAAAUCAAAGAUAAUACAGAUCGAGAAGUCACUCCAACUUGUGUAAAAGAUCCUAUUCAAAUUCAUCGAAUUCUUUCAGAAGUUGGCUUAAAUUCAAGUGGUUUUAUUCUUAGUCCAACACCAGAAAACAAUCCAUUACAGGAAACGAUAUCAAAUCAUACAUCAGCUUUUUCUAGUUAUCCUUCACAACAAACACAAAACAAUCAACAUCCCUUACAACCUCAAUCACAAACCUUAUUAUCAACAGGUCGACCACCUGCAUACGUACAACAACCUCCACCUCCGCCACCAACAUUACGAUCUCUUACAAAUCAAUCAUCUUCAGCUGCAAACGAACAAGUUCAUUCGACAUCGAAUAAACAACAGUUAGGUCCACCACCACCAUCAUCAUCACAACCAUCUCAAAUAUUACCAUCAUUUUUUAAUCGCGGUACAACGAAUACACAAAAUCUAACUUCGCAAUUGCCAGACGAUAUGCCUCAUCACGCUUUUUCACCACGACGAUUACCUCCUUCACCACUAGAUUGUGAUUCGAAUCAUCAUGAUUCGAACUUAUCAGUCGAACAUUAUUUACGUGAAAUUAAUUGUCAAGAUAUUCCACCUGUUAAAGUCGUUAAACCAAAUAAACAAAAUAUUGUCUAUCGAAAAGAAAUUCGUAUCCGUUAUUUACAACCACCAACACCACCACCGCCAGCACCAAUUAUUAUUCGUGAAAAACGUAUACCACCUGCUCCACCUGAAUCACCACUUCUUAUUCGUGAACGAAAACCAGAAGCAUGUACACCACCACCAUUAACUGUUCGUGAACGCCCACCAACACCACCUCCACCACUUGAACCUUAUAUUAUUGAUAAAAGGUUACCACCACCACCUCCUCAACCACGUCAAAUUAUCGUUGAACGUUUACCAACUCCACCACCAAAACCUCGUACAGUUAUAUUUGAAAAAUGGUUACCCUAUAAAAAAUUAAAACGUCCUGUUCUAUUACAAAAAGCUCCACCACCUGACCCUAUUAAACCAACACGUAAUGUUAUUAUUGAAUAUGAGCCAUUAAAAGCUUUUACAGUUCGACGUGUUAUUGAAGAAGGUGUUUUUCGUGUUGAUCCACAUAAAUAUUCAAGUUAUAAUGCACAAUCUCAUAGUGGUUGUGGUGAUAUACGUAUUGUUGAACGUAUUGAAGAUUUACCACCACCAAGUGAACAAUUAAGACGUGUUUUAAAUGAAUAUGAGCACUCAAAUUCAUCACAUAUACAUUGUUAUGAUCAUCAUUCUCAUCGAAAAUCACCUGAGCAUAUUCCAUCAUCUAUUCAACAUAUAUUAGCUGGUGGACGACCAACUUCUCAUAUGGAUCAAUUAAUAAAUGUAUCACGUUCAUCAAGUAUACCAGCUCAUAGACAAGAACGAGUUUUAUCAACAGGUUAUGAUUCAGCAAUACAAAGUCCAACUAUUGUACCACUUCGACGUUCAAAUUCAAAACAUUGUCAUCAAUCAUCACAACAAAAACUUGCAUCUCAUGAUAGUCCUACAGAAUCUUAUAUUAAUGACGUUUAUUAA